CUCCUACCAGUACAGGGUACAAACCCUUCGUCGCCCCCGUCACCGUCCUUCACCUUCUCGCCCUCCCUCCUUUCCUCCACAAUGCUCUCGCGCUUCAUUUCUAAACCCUCACACCUCCGUUUUCUAACCCUACUCUCCUCUAAACCCCAGUACCCAAAACCUCUCCACUCUUCUCUGAGCUCCAAACGCACUUCCAUUCUCUCACUUUCUCGGUACUUCUCUACCAAUCACAGCAACGGAGAUGGCAAUGCCAAAGGCCAAUCUAAAUCCACUUUCUGGAAAAAAUCGCCGGAAAAUGACCAGACCGGGGACUCGGUGUUCAGAAACGAUUCCGGAAGCUUUGCCAGUGUUACGGACGGCGGUGCAGUGGAUACGCCCUGGUCGAAUGAGAAAAGCGAAGAAGGUGAUGUGUUUGAGAAUAUAGACAAGGAAUUUGGUGCGAAGGAUGGCGGCGAGGUUUGGGCGACCAUGGAGGGGUACAAGCCAUGGACUUUGGGAGACGAGGAGAAGGAUGAUGAUGUGUUCGACAUUGGGGACGCAAUGCAAGAGAUUGAUGGGGUUGAAGGUGAGAUCAGGGUGGAGAGUGAGAGGCGCGAAGAGGAUAAACUGCUUGAGAAGGAAGAGGAAGAGCUUAAAGCCGUACUUAAAGGUCCAAGUCGUGCAUUUGGUGACCUCAUUGCAGCAUCGGGAAUUACUAAUGCAAUGCUGGAUAAUUUAAUUGCCUUGAAGGACUUUGAAGGGGUUGAUGGUUUGCCUCCCCUAAGUGUAAUAGAAGAUAUUCGUUAUGAAAAAAGUUCAAGAAAAUCCAUUAGAUCUGAGAUAGAGCGCCAGAAGCGUGAGGAAAUUGCAAAAGCACGAGUGAGACAAGUAGAUGAGAAGGGAAGGGCUUAUGCAACAGGAAAAAGGAAAUGCAGUAUAGCCCGUGUAUGGAUUCAGCCUGGUGAUGGUAAAUUCAUUGUGAAUGACAAGCAAUUUGAUCUCUAUUUCCCAGAUCUUGAUCAUCGUGCUACUCUCCUACGACCAUUCACUGAGACGAAGACUUUAGGUCGUUGGGAUGUGAACUGUACAGUGAAAGGAGGUGGCGUCUCAGCAGGUCAGGUUGGAGCAAUUCGUUUGGGGAUCAGCAGAGCUUUGCAAAACUGGGAACCAGGUUUACGUCCUCCGCUCAGAGCAGCUGGUUUCUUGACGAGGGAUUCACGAGUGGUGGAAAGGAAGAAACCUGGAAAAGCAAAAGCAAGAAAGAGCUUCCAGUGGGUAAAGCGCUGAAUGAUAGUUGCAAGCUCCCUGUAUACUGGCACACUUCCAGUUUUGUAUGCAAUAUGAUAUUUUGACGUUUUAGCAGUCCGCCAUAGGUUUUCAGCUUCCCAGACAGCUCUUGGAAGGCAUAACUUGUAAUGUAGAGUUUUAACUCGAUCAUGGCAGAGUUGUAAAGAUGAAUUUGACCCGAAGAAUACGAUCAUUUAAGAUGGUUGUAUGGAAGCAAGCAUCUGUAUGUGUGUGGCUGCCUUUUAUUGUACUUUAUUAUUUUGGUCCUCUAGGUUGUAAUUCACAGGGUUAGGAUGGAUUUGAUGCAUUGAGAUCAGGAUGUGGUUUUGCAAACUGAAAAUUGAUUGGAAUUUUGAAUCCCGUGGAAAUGAAAUUCUUUUCCUCUUGUUGCCUGCAAGAAAGGAAUUUUUGGAAUAAA